AUGGACAAAAAGUCGUCAACCGAUAAGGCAAGUUUGAAGUCCACAACUAUUAGUCGGCAUCUGGCGACCAAUGUUAAAAACAGUCGUGAUUCAAAGAAAUUUGCAAAAAAUGAGAAUGUUACACAAUCUGUUCAGUUUUCAGACCCCAAUGAAAUUGGGAAAGCGAUGGAAUCGAAUUCAUUAUAUUCUAUGCAACUGCAAGCCCAUUUGAGGGAGGCAGUUUACGAAAAUACCUACCGCAUGGAGCCGGAUCCCUCAUGUCAAUUUGAAGCAGGGAAAAUUGACAAAAUUUUAGAUACGUUAUUAAGAGAAAAUUUGAAAGAUGCACACUACGAUUCUGAAACUAGUAGACAAACCGCUUUGUCAAUGGCAAACAAGAUCAUGGACAACAUCAAAAGUAUGAAUAUUCAACGAUACAAAAUUAUCGUAGUUGUCAACAUUGGAGAUUUUAAGGACAGACCGAGUAUUCACUUCGCCAGUAGGUGCCUAUGGAACAAACCCACCGACACAUAUUCGUCGGCAUCAUACUCCAAUCUUUCCCUCUAUGCGGUGGCAAUUGCAUUUGGAAUUUAUUACGAAUAA